CUAGAAACGCGUGCGAGUUCCAAGUGCGCCGCCUUUCCGCCCGGACCUCCGAGCACGUUUUUCUGUCUCUCUCUCUCUGUUUUUCUCGCUCUCUCGUCGUUCCAUUCGAUCGUCCUCCGACGUCUUCCGCGUGUGCGUUCUCCACUUUUCGGCCCUCGUUUUUCGCGAUGUGCCCGACACUACAGAUCGCCCAUCGCCACCGGCUGUUAUAAUAUCGAAAUUAAUUAUUUACCGUUUUACCGGGUAUCCAACACCUUAGUAACAAUCCGUCCGCGAGCCGCGGAAAUGAGCGUCUUCCGCGAAAACUCCGAACGAUAACGAAACCGCAUGACUAUCGUAGAAACCGCACGCCGUACAGUAUAACCUAUUGUAGACCGUCGUCGUCGUCUUCGCCGUCACAACCGUUUGGACGAAGAAAUUCUGUUCGAAAAGAAAACUCCGUCGAAUCCAUCAGAUAUCCGCUCGAUUUCCUCCGGUCCCCGAUGGCGGACCGGCGAGUGACGUGGUAUGCGGCCACGCUGUCAGCAAUUAUAAUUUCCGUAGCUGCUGGAAUAGGUAGCAAAGGCGGUCUCGUCUUGACCAAACUAGUCAUACCUCAGUGGGCGGACUUGAGGAGUUCGGUGACACUGUACUGCCAGUUCGACACGGGCGGCGACAGUCUGUACUCGGUGAAAUGGUACAAGGACGAUAACGAAUUCUUUCGAUACACGCCAGGAUUGAAUCCGCAGACGCUCGUGUUCAGCUUGGACGGCGUAAACGUGGACGAGAGUAAGUCGUCCUCCAGAGAAGUGACGCUGUAUCCGUUGACUAGGACGAGCAACGGCAAUUACAAGUGUGAAGUAUCUACGGAUGCUCCGAAUUUCCCAACAGUCGUCGAAGACGCCAAUAUGUCAGUCAUCGCGUUUCCCGAUGAUGGUCCGAGGAUAGAAGGACUCAGACCAAUGUACUCCGUAGGUGAAUUCUUAGAAGCCAACUGUACAGCCAAAAUGACAUUUCCCCAAGCACAGGUCACCUGGUUCAUCAACAACCUAGAGGUGGACAGUUACCUGCUCGAGCGUUACGCUCCUGAAGUAUCCGAAGGGCCGUUCUACAACUCCACGUUGGGCCUGCGGUUUCCGCUCAAAAAGGAAUGGGUGGACAUGAACAAAAAACUUAUGUAUGUCAAAUGCUCUGCAAAAGUGGCAGGAGCUGAGCCCAAGACAGACGAGACGAGUGUGCGGCUGCGUCUCGUACCCGAUCAGACCCUAUCACAGGAGAGGCACAUUCUUAAUUCUGGUGCUGCCAUCAACGACCAUUGUGCCAUAAUAUUGAUCAUAUCUGCUGUAUAUUACUUCGAAGUGUACAAUUAAGCUGAAGAUUUAAGUAAAACCUCGAUUAAAUACCAAAGAUAAAACAUUAAAUUUAUAAUCAAUAAUGUGCAAUUAGGAUGAAAAACUUUUCCAUUUAUUAUUUUUUUUUUUCUAAAAUGGCAUUUUUUUCAUUGUUGUCGCCUGGUUGUCUUGGACCCCACCGCAUAAUAAUGGCCUGAACUUCAAACACAAAAAUGCCUCGUUCAAAGCGAAUUCGUGUACACAAACGUGGUAUCCGUGGUAUCAAUUAGAGAGUUCGUGCUAUUUUUUCAAAGAGCUUUUUAAACCUUUAAACUUUUUAUUGAAAGUUCAGGCCUUUGUGAGGGACCGUUAAAAGACUCGCCAUCUUAUUAACCUUUAAAUAAUAAUAAUUCGGUUGAAAUUCGGUUUUUUUUUUGUUUUACUACCAACGCGUAAGAAACAAAAACGUGUUUGAUGUAAGUCGAGCGUUUUAAAAAUAAUUCCAUAUUUUUCCAUUUUUUGACCACAUUAUGUUUACAUGUUUUGCAAUGAGCAAACACUGUGGUGCUGAUUACCUAAAGCGCUUAUAUACCUUUCCCUAUUUACCUCUAUACUUUCAUAUAAAUUAAUUUCUCAUCCUAAAAGUUACAGGUUUGUGAGUACAAGUCAACAAGUAUGACAAGUGUCUUGGUUGUCGUUUAUCUUUUGUGUAAAUACUAUACAUCGUUGUUCCAUACAACUAGAUAUUAUAUUAUAUUAAAUUUAAUAAUAUAUAACCUAUAUAAAUAUUUGUAAUUUAAUUCAUAGUUAAUUGUUGUUACCUAUUAAAAAAAAAAAAAAAUGAUAAGGCGUACUUAUUGUUUUUACCGAUCAAGACUAGUCCACGUGCAUUUUGUUAAGUCGUAUAAUGCGCCAUCACAUGGUUUUUUUUGUUUAUACGAUUUCUCUAACCACAUUUUCAACCAUCAUUGGAUUUAUUGUAUGUAGUAUAAUAUUGAUAAGCUAGAAAAAAUGGAAAUAAAUAUUUAAAUUUGUUAAUAAAAUAUAAUUUGCAACCUAUCAUAUAAGGAUAAUAUAAUAU